UCAGUAGCAUACGGACACGCAAGCAGCGAGGGUGGUAGCGCGUGUAAUAUUGUGUCGGGUGAGGCGUACGAAAACAACAGAGCACCCCUCCCCGGCGGACGGUGUAAAACGGGCUGCCAGCGGUGAGGCUGCAGAGCAGGCCGCUCGUCCAGCAUGCAACCACCACCGAGAAAAGGAAAUUACACAAAGUUUCUUAAGAAUGUACACGCAGAGCAGGCGGCAAAAUUACAAGCGAAAAACCAGCAUGAGUGCGACCUUCUGGAAGAUAUACGCAACUUUACGAUAAAAAAGUCUGCGAUUGAAAAAUCAUAUUCGGAGGCACUGCUUAAAAUAUCCUCUGCGUAUUUGAAUAAAAAGAUACCAAACAUUCCGGAUUUGAAAGUCGAAGGUGCAGAGGAAAAAUGGAAUAUGUGGAACGUUUGGCGAACUGUCUUGGAAGAAAACGAAAAAUUGGCCAGAGCGCGGUUAGCUGCGGUGGAAGUUUUUCAACAGCAAAUCGCCGACGAUGCGAAAGGCUUGAAGAUGCACAAACUACAAAUCUCUAAGAAGGCAAUCGACCAAUUAAUGAUAGUACAAAAAGAGCUGCAAAUGUGCGUGCAAGAUGUAGACAAAACCAAAAAAUUUUACUUCGACGAAGAGCACAGUGCCCAUGAUGUACGCGACAAAGCGAAAGAUAUCGAAGAAAAAUUGAAGAAAAAAAAGGGAUCCUUCUUUCAAUCGAUAACGUCAUUGCAGAAAAAUAGUGCAAAGGUAAGCUCGAAACGCGACGCUUUAGAAGAGAAGUCAACAGGAGCUCGAAACGAUUAUUUGCUUGCUCUCGCCGCUGCCAAUGCACAUCAGAAUAGGUAUUUUGUAGUCGACUUACAAAACACUAUGCAAUAUUUAGAACAAGGUGUUUACGAUAAAGUUGCAGAAUAUUUGACGCUAAUGGGUCGUACAGAACUCUUGACCUGCUUAGCUACGCAAAACAGUUUCGGCAAAAUUCGUGACCAAGCGCAACAACUCACCAGAGAGUACAAUAUACAGUGUUGCUGUUUGUAUUAUCCUGUCUUGAAGCAACAUAUACAAUACGAUUUCGAAGCUUGUGACCACGAUCCGGUAGAAAGGAUAACGGCUGAUCAUUCCGCUGCUGCUACGCUCGGAAAGGAAGCUCGUCGCUGGUCGACGAGAAUAGCUCGCGAAAUAAGUAGCAUUCGAGAGAAUAGUAGAAAAGUACAAGUUCUUCUGCAACUAAAAGAGUCUGGACAAAAGACUGAUCCAAACGAUCCACAAGGUCCAGAUUUAGAUACGAAAAUCGACGAAUUGAAACAUAUGAUACGACGUGCAGAGACAGCAAAACUAAAGGCAGAAGCGAGAAUAGAAUGCCUUCGAAACGGUGGAGUGAACGUUGACGAGUGGCUACAGGAAGCGGAAACAUUAAGUGUCCAAGAUAUGCCACGUUCAGCUAGCUCUCUUUCUGUCAGAACUGAUGCAUCGGGAACGGCGGAACAUCCGUCCUCGGACUCGUUCUACGACAGCGAUGGAGAUGGUGGCAGCGACUUGACGACCGUCGAACGACCGGGCAGCGCGCGAAACGUUCCUCAACAAGAAGAAGAAACAACUAAGGAAAGGCAAAGACACGAUAGUGAAGAAGUUGAUGCUUUGCUCGAGCAAGAGAAACAACGAAUAGAACAACUUACAGUUGGUUGGGACGAUCCGACAGCUGUCGAUUGGGAUAACGAAGAAAAAGAAGAACAGACUGAGAUUCGUGAAACAUCCGAAAUGUCCUCUACCCAGCCAAUAUACAAGUGUACUGCGCUCUAUUCAUACACGGCGCAAAAUCCCGACGAGUUAUCAAUUGUCGAAAGCGAGCAGUUAGAAGUUGUUGGUGAAGGCGACGGCGAUGGGUGGCUGCGAGCGCGAAAUUAUCGUGGCGAAGAAGGCUUCGUUCCUCAGAAUUAUCUCGAUGUCGAAAGGGACACAACAUCCGGUCUCACUUCCCAAGGACCAGGUCUAGUACAACAAAUAUCCUUCUCCUCGGUAGAUUACACAAUCGACGACCACGACGCAGUAGAUCCAGAUGCUAAUUUACAAACUGCAGCAUCAGAAACUAUUGUACAAAAUCAUAUUGGAGAAACGGAGCAAUAUUGUAUUGCCCUUUAUGACUAUGAUGCCACAUGCGACGAAGAACUUAGUUUCCUUGAAGGCGAUAUCUUAAAAGUCGUAAGGAAAGAACCACACGACGUCGAUGACGGAUGGUGGGAAGGAGAAUUACGUGGACAACGAGGAUUAUUCCCAUCCUUAAUCGUAGAACCUUGCGCUGCAGACGGUUCACCUUUGACUCCACAGGAUGAUGUAACACCACCGAGCUCUGCACCUCCAGUAUUUACACCACCCGAAAUUCCAGAAUUUUUAUUAGAAAACGAAAUAACGGAAAAUAUGAUGAAAGAGUCGCAAGAUGAAAAAUCCAGUAAUGCAAACAUCGAACAACAGCAUCGACAAGAGGGUUUCAUAAUAAAUCUUUCAAAGGACCAAAAAAGUCAAUACGGCUCGCAAUUUGAAGCCGAUAAUUCCGAAGGGCCUGGUAUAGUAGUUGUAGAAGUGUCGGAUGAGUCGGCAACAAAGGUAGAUGAUGAAAAAGCAAAGUAUCUGGACAGUAAUCAAUCUACAGAAGAUUUCGGACUUGGGGUUGCGCAAAUUGUAAUUACCGCAGCGACACCAAUGGAAGAAGUUGAACAUCCAUUCCCUGAGUUGGAAGAAACCGCUGAUGAUACAGUGAAAUCGGCAGAAAGUUCUGAUGGUGAUUUACCUUCGAGCACGACUACCGAUGUGAACGAAAGUGACUGCAAAGAAGCUACUGUAAUAAUGGAUGAAAGAGAAGAGCAAGAAAUUACAGAAGCAACCGAGGAUAUUGAAGAAAAAUCAACGGUUGAUGAUUUACCAACAGAUUCAGCACCAUUCCCAGUUAGUAGCAGUUCUGGAAGUGAAGCGGACUCAACGUCCGGGCCAAGUACAGCAGAUAAUUCUCAGUCUAUACCAUCCCGAGGUACCGUGAUCGAAGUACAAGAAACAGAAGAAGAUAUUGAGAUCGUACCGGAAAAAAUGGUAGUAGGAGGAAGGGCAAGUAUUCCAGAUGAAUUACAACCCGAUCAGCUAGAGAAGCUGCAAAAUCUGAAAGAAUCGAAUGCCUAGGAUUGACUAGACCUCGGAGAUGCUGAUUAUCCUGCCUUAUCAAAUAAACUGGCUCUUCCGAAAAAUCAUCAAAAUAAAUUCCAACAUUUACUGGAAUUUUGGAAAUCUCCAGAGGUUAUUGGAAAGAAAGACUAAUGAAUAACGGGACAACUAAACGAUUUUUAUGUUAAUAUUAUGUACACAACUUUUUUGCUAGAUGAUACUCUAGUGAACUAUUUCAAGAAAGGUGUUGCGACUUUUGCAACUUAUUUACAAGACAUUAAUGUACAGUCAUAAGGUAAUAAAGAAAAUUGUCAAUACCUAUAA